UCUCUCUUGCACUUCUCUCAAGGCUCACAAUGAAACUCACUCACCAGAAGGUCCAAUCAACCCCUCUCCAGAAUAGAAGAUGUCAGCGGAUGUGUAAUUUUAGAAAGCUCCUAUUUAAUCAAGACCAAGAAAACCAAAAAGGUGCUAUUGCAUCAUAUCAGAGACCUAUCUCAAGAAUACAAAUGGGUAAAGGGGUGCUUAGCUCGAGUUCUUCACAAACCAUAUAUGUUCCCUGGACUAUAUACCUACACCUAUACCCUACCCAAUCCAUGAUGAGUAUUUUCUUGGCCAACCAAAACCACCGCCAUCAAGGACAGAUUUUCGUCAAUCCCCACAGGUAUCAGGAAUAUCUUAUGUGAUGCCGCAUAUUUAAACCCAAUCUUUGCAAAGAUAUGGUGUGGUUAGUGCCUUUACGAAUACAGG